UUUCUUGUUCUUUCUUCGUGACCGCGUGGACGUUCAUACGUAAAAGCUAUAAAAAUGACUAAUUCGAAGGGUUAUCGUCGCGGUACCAGAGAUAUGUUCUCUCGCCCCUUCCGCAGGCGCGGUGUCAUCCCUCUGUCUACAUAUAUGCGGGUUUUUAAGAUCGGCGAUAUUGUCGACAUCAAGGGAAACGGCGCUGUGCAAAAGGGCUUGCCAUACAAAGCCUACCACGGAAAGACAGGCCGCAUAUUCAACGUAACGCAACACGCUGUUGGCGUCAUUGUAAACAAACGUGUGCGCGGCAAGAUCCUAGCCAAGCGCGUCAACGUGCGCAUCGAGCAUGUCCAUCAUUCGAAGUGCCGUGAGGAUUUCCUGCGACGUGUCAAGGAGAAUGAGCGCCUGCUGAAGGACGCCAAGGCAAAGGGCACCUGGGUUAACCUGAAACGUCAGCCAGAACAGCCAAAGAAGGCGCAUUUCGUCAAGAAACUCGAGGAACCCAUCGCUCUUGCACCAAUUCCAUAUGAAUUCAUAGCAUAAAGCAUUAUUGGAAUAUCUGAAGUUAUGUGGGUGUUUGAUUUUGUAAUUGUGUAUAGUGAUUGAUUCUGAAUGCGGUAAUAGAAUUGAUUUCUAUAUGGUCACAGUAUA